AUGGGGGACUGGAACCUGUUGGGCAGCAUCCUUGAAGAGGUGCACAUCCACUCCACCAUAGUUGGCAAAAUCUGGCUCACAAUCCUGUUCAUAUUUCGGAUGCUGGUGCUGGGAGUGGCUGCCGAAGAUGUCUGGGACGAUGAGCAGUCUGAGUUCAUCUGCAACACCGAGCAACCGGGCUGCAGCAAUAUCUGUUAUGACAAAGCCUUCCCCAUCUCUUUGAUCAGAUACUGGGUCCUGCAGAUCAUAUUUGUCUCUUCUCCAUCGCUAGUUUACAUGGGCCAUGCACUCUACAGACUAAGGGCUCUUGAGAAAGAGCGACAGAAGAGGAAAGCCCACCUGCGGGCUCAGCUAGAAGAUCUGGAACCCAUGCCCGAGGAACACAGGAAAGUGGAGAGGGAACUGCGUAAGCUGGAGGAACAGAAGAAAGUGAAUAAGGCACCCCUGAGAGGGUCCCUGCUGCGCACCUAUGUCCUACAUAUCCUGACCCGGUCGGUGGUCGAAGUGGGCUUUAUGAUAGGUCAGUAUCUUUUAUAUGGGUUUCACAUGUCCCCCCUUUACAAAUGCACUCGGCCCCCUUGCCCUAACACGGUGGAUUGUUUUGUGUCCCGACCCACAGAGAAGACCAUCUUUAUGGUUUUCAUGAACAGCAUCGCCGCGGUCUCCCUGUUCCUCAACAUCCUAGAAAUCGCCCACCUGGGCCUCAAGAAGAUCCAGAAGAGCCUCUACAGGCGG